AUGCCAGAGGGCCCAUCAGUGAGGAAGUUUCAGCUGCUGACCUCCCCUUUUGUGGGACAAGUGGUGACUAAGGUGGGGGGAAACAGCCGGAAGAUCAAUGUGAAUGCCCUGAAUGCCCUAAGGCUCCAGGACUCCCAGGUUCAUGGGAAGAACUUGUACCUGGCAUUUGUGGCAACUGAAGGUCCCUUAGGACCAACUGCAGAUGAAAAAGUGCUGCAAAGAGAGGCUGCUAGUGGGGCAUGUUCUCUUGCCCAGGGAGGGCAAGAACAGCUUUCUGCUCCAUAUCCCCAGGAUGAGGAGCUGCAGGAGCUCCAGCACUCAAGAUCUGAAGCCUCAGAUGCAGCAGAGGGUCCAAGCAACUGGUUGCGCUUCCACUUUGGCUUGUUUGGCAGCGUCCGGGCAAAUGAGUUCUCAAGAGCAAACAAAGCCAACAAGAGGGGGGACUGGAAGGACCCUGCACCCAGGCUGGUUCUUCACUUUGAGAGUGAAGGCUUCCUCGUUUUCUACAACUGCCGAAUGUGCUGGUGCUCUUCUCCACGGGCUGAUCCUGCUUCUGACAUCCUGUCCACGGAGUUCCACCGUGGCCGAGCACUGGAUGCCCUCCGUGCACCCCAUCCCAUCUGCUACACCCUCUUAGACCAAAGAUAUUUUUCAGGGCUGGGAAAUAUCAUUAAGAAUGAGAUCUUGUACCUGGCCAAGAUCCAUCCAUUGACAGAAGGCUCUCUCCUGGCUCUCUCGGAUCUGGAGCAUCUGCUCGACUGUGCCAUUCAGUUCAGCUCUGACUGGCUGCAUAGCAAGCUGCGUGGCCAAAGGCUGCACCCCCAGAUCUACCAGAAGGACCAGUGUCCCCUUGGGCAUCCAGUGAUGAAGGGAACUCUUGGACCCUCAGGUGGCUUUAAGAGACUUACGUGGUGGUGUCCUCAGUGCCAGCCUGUCAUGUUGUCACGGGAUGGGGAUCCUUCCCCAGUCACCCAGUGA